CAAAGCCGGGCGGGGCGCCCUGGCCUCGGCCCCGCCCCGGGAGCGAAGCCCGGUUUCCGUGCGGCGGGCGGCGUGCGCGCUCCUCCCGGCGGCCGCGCAGGUAUAUCAAAGCCCCUCGGAGAUACUUUUGAGUGUCGCCGUGCAGCAACAAGGUGCCUUUGGGUGACUGCUCUAUAAAGAUUUCCACAUGUGACUUACAUGGUGGCUCUGCGUUGUACUUUUAUGGAAUCUUGACCUUCAGUGAUUUUUUUCCCCCUCUCACAAUUCAGUUUUUUAAAUCUAGUAUCAAGUAUUCAUAUUUUAGAGGGGAAGCCGCAACUCCCCUAAACGGACUUUCCUGACUUCAGAAAAAAGGGCUUCAAUCCCUGUGUGUAACGGACCGCGUCUCCCAGGCCAUUCCAGAGCAGGAUUUGAGGUGUAAAGGUCACCAAUGUCAUCGGAUGAUGGAAGGUCCAGGAGUCGGGACAGGCACUACGAUGGCGUCCCAAGGGAGUCCCCGUCCGGCGACGGCCCCACAGGUACCCUGCGGACGCUCGGCGACAGUGAGCUGGCGGUGAGCGCCGAUCCCUUGCCGCCGCCCCCUCUCCCGUUACAGCCGCCCUUCGGCCCAGACUUCUACUCAAGUGACACGGAGGAGCCGGCCAUCGCCCCGGAUCUCAAGCCCGUGAGGCGCUUCGUCCCGGAGUCCUGGAAGAACUUCUUCAGAGGGAAGGCGGCCCCGCGGUGGGGCAGGGCGGGGUCUGACGUCAGGUACAUCUCGGACGGAGUGGAGUGCUCCCCGCCGGCCUCUCCUGCCAGGCCCGCCCGGCGGCCCGGCCGCGGCUCCCCCUCCCCGCCGGGCCCUCGCGGGGCGUCCCACGGAGACGCCGGCGACGCCGAGGCCGCCUGGGCCCCCGACGCCUGCGGUUGGCCGGGCGGCCGCGCGCGCUCGGGCAGCGAGAGGGAGGAGGACUUGCGGCUGAGGUACUCCUUCAUGAAGUCGUGGGCCGGCCUGCUGCGCGUGCUGGGCGUGCUGGAGCUGCUGCUGGGCGCCGGCGUGUUCGCCUGCGUCACGGCCUACCUGUACAAGGACAGCGAGUGGUACAACCUGGUCGGCUACGGGCAGCCCUACGGCCUGGGCGGCGCGGGCGGCCUGGGCGGCGGCUACUACUACGGGGGCCCCAGGACGCCCUUCGUGCUCGUGGUCGCCGGCCUGGCCUGGGUCAGCACGGUCGGCGUGCUGGUGCUCGGCAUGACCACCUACUACCGGGCCAUCCUCCUGGACUCCAGCUGGUGGCCCCUCACGGAGUUCGCCCUUAACGUCGCCCUGUUUAUCCUGUACAUGGCCGCGGCCAUCGUGUACGUCAACGACACCAACCGCGGGGGCCUGUGCUCCUACCCGCUGUUCAACACGCCCAUGAACGCGCUGCUCUGCCGGGUCGAGGGGGGCCAGGUCGCUGCCCUCAUCUUCCUCUUCGGCAUCACCAUCGUCUACCUCAUCGGAGCCUUGGUUUGCCUGAAGCUGUGGAGGCACGAGGCGGCCCGGAGGCACAGGCAGUACCUGGAGCCGCGGGAGGUAAGUGAACCAUCAUUGCCAUCAAAAAGGAAAAUGUGUGAAGUGGCCAUCAGCGGUGACAGACAGAGAGACCAAGAGGUUAACUUCAAGGAACUGAGACCAACAAAAAUGAAACCUGAAUUCCUGAGUGGGCACAUCCCUCCCGGCCACAUCCCUAAACCCAUCGUGAUGCCCGACUAUGUGGCAAAAUACCCUGUGAUUCAGACAGAAGAUGAUCGGGAGCGCUAUAAGGCUGUGUUCCAAGACCAGUUCUCGGAGUACAAAGAGCUCUCUGCCGAAGUCCAGGCGGUCCUGAGGAAGUUUGAUGAGCUGGAUGCAGUGAUGAGCAGAUUGCCGCGUUGUUCAGAAAACCAACAGGAACAUGAGAGAAUUUCAAGAAUCCAUGAAGAGUUUAAGAAAAAAAAGAACGAUCCCACGUUUCUGGAAAAAAAAGAACGCUGUGAUUAUCUGAAGAAUAAACUUUCUCACAUAAAGCAAAGAAUCCAAGAAUAUGAUAAAGUAAUGAAUUGGAAUGUACAAGGUUAUUCUUAAACCUUAUUUGAAACCACUUUUUUAAUAUUAAGCUUAAUAUUUAUUUACUGUCCUUUUCGUGCCAGUCUGUGCUGAGAAGCAAGUGCUUCCUGCAUUGGCUUCUAGUUGAUUUAGCUGGUAUAUCAUGCCAUGUUUGUACAAUUUCACUUCAGACAUUUCAAAACAAAUUCGUAUUUACCGAGGGCCUUUACUCAGGAUGGAAGAAAUGCUACGUCUGUGUACGUUUUAUAUCUAUCCUAUUAAAAGUUGUUUAGAGAUCACAUCCUCACAGCAUGAUGAGCACACAGCGUGUCACUUCUGGUGCUGCUUUUUUUCAUCUUUAACUUGGGCAGGCUCCUGGGAUUUCUCUAGAACACAUUUCUCUUCCAAGCCAAGGUAUCCUGCCUUCUCUUGAAAGGGCUUUGAAUCCGAGAUCAACAUUUUCAAGUCUUAUGAUCUCAGGCAAGUUACCUCAUCUCUCUCUGUGCCUAUUCUCUGUAAAAAUGGACCUAAGAGGAGUGCCUACCUUGGAGAGGGUUGUUCUGAGGGUGAAAUGAGUCCUGUCUGGAAAGCACUGAGCGGAGACCCCAGUACGUUUUACACAGUCCAUCAGAGGGUGCAGACUGCAGAAGCGAUCGUCACUUGAACAAACUGCCAAGGAAGGGUUCUUAAUGAGCAAGCUCCAGCAGCUACCCAGGAGGCCCAUGUGUCUCAUGGAUUUCUUUUUCUGCGAUCGAUAACUCUUAUCACCUGUCGCCAGAGGUGGAUGCUUCCCUGUGGUCCUGGGCCCACUGAGGUCAGCCUGGCCGUUCCUGUCCACGUCCAGGACAGGGAUUGUGUGACCACUGUUGCCUCUCCUGCCCCUGUUGGCUGAGACUCCGUGAUCCUACAUUUACUUAGAAUGUCCUUUUGAUGUAAUGCUUCACCUUCCCAAGCAUUAUCUUGGCUGCGACGCUUUAUCCGCAAGAAGUGUUUUGUUUCUAUUAGUAUGAACAACGGACUACCUUAAAAAAUGUUUUUAAAGCGUCAUUGUUAAUGGAUCCUAUUCGGCGGCAUCUACCUUGCGGACAGAUUCCUAGGCACAAAAGUAUAACAUAGCUGCCCUCUGAACAAUUACUGUUUAAAGAAUUUUCUAAAGCAAUGAAACCAAAGAGAAGCAGUUGGAAAAGCCAGAGGCCUAAGAAGUGUUGGAUAUUGAAUGGACUUCCUAGUUUUUCUUUAUCACUGAAAUCUCAUUUAGUGUUUAUUGUUGAUAUUUUAAUGCCGCGACUCUCAGAGUAAGCUUACCGCCCUAAGUGUCUUGAGAGAUGACACCUAAGAAAGUGCAAGGCCCCUCUAGAAGCCCCUUAACUGAAACAGCUUCACUUUCUGUUUUAUAUGUUAGGGCCGCAUGUUAACAUUUCACUUAAGAAGCACACCAAUACUUUUUAAAAAGGGGAAAAAGAAAAAACCCAAAACCAUGAAAUAAUACCAUUUUGAUAAAUUCUAAGGAGUUAGAUUCGUAUAGAAAUGAAGUGUUAAAGAAGUUUAACUUUGUGAAGCUUGAUUCUACUAUAAUUGUAAGCGUUAAUCUUUGAAAACUAAUGUUGUAACACUAACUUUUUAAAUUUUUUCAUGUCAGUACCUGGGCAUAUUAAAAUUUCGACGACUUGUU